UAGGACUGGACUAGUAGUACUGAGAUAUACAUAAUCUUAAUUCAUGAAAAACGACAUAAUAAAAUAAGAAGAUUCAUUUGAAUCUCCUUUGAAUUUCUUCCAAUUUUAGCAGACAAUCUUUUGAUUUGCUCAACGAAAGAAACAAAAAAAAAACAUGAGCCUUAUGCCAGGUAAAUUAUAAUUAUGGUACUAUAUAAAUUGUUAAGCGUAGGCGUUCCUAUCAAUGACUGAUUAUUUGCUGAGGAGUACAUUUUUGUUAAUUGAUGGCUGAGCGAUGCAUUACCCGCUAUCAAUGUUACAUGUGUACUUCUGACUAUCAGAGAAUCUUUAUUUUAUUUGUACAGUAAUCAAAUAAAAAAAUUACUAUAUUAGAAAUACAUCAGGAACAAACGUAUUGUACUCCCCAACGGCUUUACAACAGUAGAUAUAUUUAUUGAUAAGAUAUGAACAUGAUGUAUUCAUGUCUUUUGUGCCUACAACAUAAUUAAAAAUAGCUUUAUUUAAUACGUUUGAUCACAAUCUAUGCUGUAAAGUAAAGGUACUUCUUUAAAGAAGCGAUUUCUUGUUGGCUGCUGUCCAAUUUCAAUAUUCGUUUAACUUCGGUUAAUUUGCCUUAGGAUUUUCUGUUAUUCCUUUGAAACAUUUCUAUAAAACAAAAUGGAUAUAUUCUAUUAUCUAUAUAUAAUUUAUUUUUCUGCCCUUCAUUUUUCAAACGCCGCUACGGAUGGACAUACAUGUUCCAAAUUCCCUUACGAGGAACAGCUUUUAGAGAAAAUGAUUAGAGUGGAAGCCAAAGUUGAAAAAUGGGACACAGAAUUAAGUAAAUUCGAAGAAAGUGUUCUUUCUGUCUUAGAACAUCGAAAAGAAGAAAUGCAAAGACAACUGAAGAGAUUCUCCCAAGAAUAUAACAAACUUAAGCAGGAUAUAUCAACAUCAGAAAGACCGGAUACUCCGAUAAUUGCCUUUAAUGCCUACACAACUGAAGGCGGAGAUUACAUCAAGGACAAGGUGAUCGUAUUUCCUCACGUGCUAUUAAAUGAAGGGAGUGGGUACAACCCGGACACCGGAUAUUUCACAGUACCGGCUACCGGCGCCGGACUAUACCACUUUACUACGCAUGUCUGCCAAUUUGGAGGACAGUUUAUGGCGUUCUCUAUUAUCCAAGGGGAUCAAAUAAUUGCGCUAAGCACUGUGUAUGAAGACAGAGACAACAGCUGUAACUCAGCAAGUGCUCCAGCCAAACUAGAGAUCGGCGAACGUGUUAAUGUUCAGUCUACUUAUAAUGCUAGUCGGUUGUUUUCAAAUACACACAGAUGGCCUUCUUUCAUGGGAUAUUUCAUUCAUUUAUUCAUCAUUAUACCAGAUUUAUAUAACGCCCUUUUCAUGACCAAUUUCACGUUCAAAGGCGCUUUACAUAGUUCAAUGCAGCCACACAGGGCACAUAAUUCAUCCUCUACUAGUACAGACACAGAGUGAUCUGACCAGAGGGACAGGGUGAGACAAAGCCCCCACGAUAGAGAGAUCAGAAAUCAGAUACAGGCUGGUCCGGCUAACUUAGCCUAGCUCGUUGCGAAUAGACAGCCUGGUUCUUUAACGUGCCCAGUGUAUAGCACUGAUACACGCAAGGAUUGCCUGGAUUCCUGACCAGUACACCACUGGGAAACACUGAAAAGCGUUUCUGAAAAUUCCCAAGUAGCUGCCGGGGAUCGAACCCCAGACCUCAGGAUUGGAAGGCCAGUGUGCAAACCACUGAGCUAUCCGUCCACCAUAUUUAGUACAUAGCUAUCGUUGAUUUAGAAUAUUCAUUCACAAAGUGCUGUGUGAAUACAAAUAUCGACAGUGGCAAUAUUUUGACUGCUUUUCGCAAAACACUUAAAUACUUUUAUCGUCAUACGAAAUUACUCCUAAGCAAGAUUCGCGAGCUUAUGUAGAAAAGUCAUGUACGUCAGGCUGUGUCAUGAUAAAUAUCGAUAGUGGCAAUAUUUUGAUUCAUUUUCACAAAACACCUAAACACUAUUUUCAACAAAUAAAACUACUCCUAUCUGUAGUGAAGCAAAAUCUAUUGUCUAUUGCCUGUAAAACCUACCGCAUGAUUUCCUUAUAGAUACUGUUAAUUAAAUAUCAAAGAUUUGUGUGGGUUUAGAAAUUAUGAAGUCUCCACUUACAGUCAGUGUUGUAUUUUAUUCAGGCUUGUUAUUAAAUGACCUUAUGCAUUUCAUGUAUAUCAGUGCUAUUUGUGUGCAGAUUUUAUUCUUUAAAUAAGCAAUUUGCUUUCUGUAUUAUUUAAUGACAAUAAUUACAACAGUAUCAAUCAAAAUGAUCU